UUUUUUAAGUUUCAGUCUUGAUAUUGAUUCAGUACUGCAUAGUAGUAUCCUGUACAAUUCUUUUGCUUCCGGUAAAUCAUGCCAUUCCAAAGGUUUGUGGAGUCGGGCCGAGUUGCUUACGUUAGCGAUGGCCCUUACCAGGGCAAACUCGUCGCAAUUGUUGAUGUUAUCGAUCAAAAUCGGGUUUUGGUCGAUGGACCAGCAGCGAAUGUUCCACGUGGUCAAAUGAGGUUGAACGAACUUCAUCUCACCAAAUUCCGUUUACGGUUUCCUUAUACUGGUUCCACACGAGUUGUACGUAAAGCAUGGGAAAAUGGUAAAAUAGAUGAAUUAUGGAAAGAUACUAUGUGGGCUAGAAAGGUUGCAGCUAAAAAGAAGCGCGCCGAGCUUAGCGACUUUGACCGUUUCAAAUUGAGGAAAGCUAGACAAAUAAGAAACAAAUUAAAAACACAUGCUUUCUUCGCAUUAAAAAAGAAAACUAAGAAAGCUAAGACAACUGGUGCUAGUAAAGCAACCAAGAAAACAGAAAAGAAGUAAUGUUAUUUUCUGGAAUAAAAACUAAAUUUUUUUUGCAUUA